AUGGAGACGGUGACGGGUAUUUUCACGUCCGACAAGGCGCACGAGACCAAAAGACCCAGAAUAGACCCUGUUCCGUUCUCAGAGGACUCUGUUUCGCUGCCAAAGUCCGAUUUCAGAAAGCUGGUAAUUCGAAAUCCUAAAGGAACGCACAAAAACUACUACGAGAUUAACCCAGACGAGGUGCUUCUUGGCAAGGAAGUAUCAAGGCCAAACGGUUUCAUGCGUGUUGUGUCCAAUUUCAAACCUUCAUUCCUUAGACAGGAAGACAAGCUGCUGAAAUCGCCUGUACCAGCCGAGCAGGACGCCAGCUCUUCAAACAUCCCCGAAGGCUACUGGUGCUCGCCUUCAAUUGAGGAGCUCUCAAAAAUGACACAGCAGGACCUGAUGCAUGUGCAGAACUUCACCGCUGGAUGCAGAGGAUUCGGCCAGGUCUCGUUCUCCUAUCCUGUCGACUUGUCGGCAUUCCACAGCAGACUGGAUCAGCUUUUAGGCGUACACAUUGUUUUCAGACCAAGAAUAGUGCAAGUUUAUCCUGACGGAACAGACAAGCCUUCACCCGGAAAUGGAAUGAAUGUGCCUGCCGUGAUAAGUCUGGAGAAAUGCUAUCCUUUUGAUAAGGCGACCAAGACGCGAAUUACUGAUCCUUCUGCUCCCGAAGUUUCUGCGCAUAUAAAUCGACUGAAAAGUACUCCGGGAAUGGCGUUCGUCAACUACGAUCCAAUUACAGGAACGUACACUUUCAAGGUCGACCAUUUCAGUAUUUGGGGACUUGUUGACGAGGACGAAGACGAUCCGCAGCUUGUGCAGCGAUUCAAAAUACAAUUAGAGAGCGAGAACCAGCGCGAGAAACGCAAACAGACGGAGAAAAAAGAGGCAUUCAGACGCAUAUCCUCGUACACUGGCGACCUGGAGGCUGUUCCUGGCGGAUGGACCGCAGAGCCGGAAGACGCAAACAUGGAGGACAGCAUAGACCUCAGCCAGGAAGACUACAUUCAAGUGGACGUGCCGGAGCCAGACAAUGACGUCAGCGACAUGGAAGACGAGGUUCUUCCUGAGGACCCAGUUUUCGAAGAUCUGGUGCAUGUGCGCGCAUACGAGCCAGAGUUAGAAGAAAUCGAUAUGACGGUUCUCAAGAGGGAGGCCAAGUUCGAGACUAGCGAUAACUGGAGCCAACAGUUGGAGCUGGCGUCCGGGUUUGAGUCUGUCUUCAGCAACGAAUAUGAUUAUUCGAAGAAAAUGGACGUGUCUGCCAAAAGUGUGAACGAACUGUUUUUCAAUAGGGACUCGCACAAACGCAAGAGAGUGGAGAUGAAGCCAGUACGCUCUGAGGAUUUGCGGACGUUGAAAAGUGUUCUGGCGGCCGAAAUGCGCCAGAUGAAAGUCACAGCAAGAGAAAACUCAUAUCCUUUGAUCAAGCCUGAUGAAGACGUUUCGCUACAGUCCAUUCUCAACAUUUACAGGAACUCAAGCGAGUUCAAAUUUUGGGACCUGAUUGCGCGACUGUUCGAUGACAAAUACUGCGAGUCAUUCCUUGGACAGGCUGAAUUGGAUGCGUACGCAGGCAAACCACAGCUGAGAAAAACAUUCAUCGAUCUGCAACGCCGCGAAUUGUUAAUUGACUGGCUGCACGAUCACAGCUUGCCAGAAAUUAGCAAGCUGCUGGAAGCCUCCAAAUCAGAUGCUCUUGAAAGAACAUAUUUGCACAUUUGUUCCGGCGAUAUACUGAAAGCAGUAAUGACAGCAAUGGAAUCCUCAAACAACCACCUGUCUGUUCUUCUGACACUAAUAGACUCAAACGAUCCAUCCGUUAGAAGACUAUCAAAAGCACAGCUAAAAGAAUGGGAAUCCACCUCUACACUCCAGUAUAUUCCUGCUCCAGUGCUGAAAGUUUACAAGCUUUUGGCAGGAUACACACUAUCUAAUGACAUUGUGCCGCAUUUGAAAGGGCUUUCGUGGCCGACUGUUCUUUUGAUGCAACUGAAAUACGGGGACACAAACCGCAGCAUCAGCGAACUGAUUAACGAGGUGAUUGACCACGAGUCAAAGCUAUGGGUUGCCCCAAGUGCGCAAGACAAGUAUUAUCUCGCAUUCAAGCUUAUGAAGUCUCCCUCUACCGUUCUUCUCCACUACGACAACGAGACGCAGUUCCUGCUAUUUAAAAAGCUGAACAGCAUUUUGAAUUUGUCAAAUAUUGACAACGUGAUUCUCCAAUUGAGCCAGAAACUUGCCUCACAGGAAUACUACGAAGAGGCCUUAUUUGUCUUGGAACAUUUGAGUGAUGAUGCGCUCUCCGAGUCCGAGAUCUCGAGUCUGAUCAAACUAAAUAUUGACUCAUUUAGAUUUUUGGAUAAUGACAUGAGACUCGAUACUCUGCACGAGACUUACAGACUUCCGAAGUCUAUUCUUCACCAGGCCAGGUCCAGGAGAUUUGAAAAGGAUGGGGAUUCCGUAAGGGCUGUGUGGGCGCUGGUGGAGGCAGGAUCGCUGGACGAGGCGCACAAACUGACCUUGAGUGACGUUGCACCGGAAUUUGUCAUUGCCAAUGCCAACCUCGACGAACUGGAGAAACUGCUUCUCAAAUUCAAAACUUUGUCUGACUGGGUGAUUGGUGCUCAGAUAUACUACGAAUAUAUCCAGCUCAAGAAGAACAGUGACGAGAACGCUAUCAAGACUCACACCAAAAAGCUUCUCAACGGAUUAGUUCUUCUACGCGAAUCUAAUCCAAAGGCCAGAAUCGCAAAGACUCUGAUGUACAGAGAGGUGAUUCGUCUCAUAUUUGACUUGUCGCUCGACUAUAACGAGCAGCAGCUACUGAGUCUGGAUCUUCCGUCCAGCGAGAUGAACUACUUGAAAAGCAGACUUCCUGCUAAAUAG